AUGCUGUUCAGUAACAGCAAACUCACCUGUCUGCCUUUUGCUGCCAUUUUCAUGCUAAUUGCGCAUGACAUCAUCACCAGUGCCACAUACAUUAGGGAAGACCUCGGAAUCCGAAAUGCAAAUGAAACGAGCACUCCUUCUAGUGUCUUGCGAAGCUUUUCGGCGAUUUUUCCAAAAAUGUUCCCACAACCUGGGUUGAUCCUGAACCCACAUGCGUUACUGCAAAGCGUCACUCCGAAAAUCAACAAAACAGCAAAUUCUUCCGAGAAUCAUCAACCACUGCGAGCAAGUUCCGAGGACGAACCGACAUUCGAGAACUUCUUCGGCAACAAUGACGAAGACGAGCAUCCGGACUUUCCCGACACCGACUACUUCUUGCGGGAACAAGCACCAGAGGAAAACAGCGAAGAACAACCCCCAGAAGCCGAACAAGAAUCUCCCGAAUCAGAUCAAGAAGAACCACCCCCAGAAGGAGAAGAAGAAGAACCUCCCCCAUCCGAAGAAGAAGACCCGCCCCCAUCUGAAGAAGAACCUCCCCCAGCAGAAGAAGAACCUCCUCCAGAAAACAACCCGCCGGAAUACGAUCCCGGUCCAACCGGGGAACCUGAUCCAACCGGCCCAACAGACAACAACAAUAACCUCUCAACCCCUGAGCCACCCAACAUCCCACCAUCCAGACCAGGACCCCCGUAUUACCCACCCAGGUUUCCUUCGGAUCAUCCCAACAGGAAACGGAAUCAGCAGCAGCGAAGAAGGACAACCACGCCUGCUCCUACUCCACUGCCUCCUCCUCCGACUCAACCACCUCCUCCGAAGGUGUGGACCACGAGACCGCCUGUCAUUGUACCUGUUUGGCAACCACAGCAUCAACCACUGCCAGUGACGCCGCACCAAAAUGCUUACAGACCAUUCAGCUACCAGAACACCAAUGCUUGGGCACCUGUCAAACCCACUGAGGCUUCCUACCCGUACAACCAACACCACCAGCAGGAGCUGCAGAACCCAACAGGGUGGCAGCAGCAGCAACCAUCUUACCCAAACAAUAGAAACUUCGGAGGAGCUGCUGGAGGCUUUGUCAAGCCACUAGAUUUCGGCAAAUUCAUUCAGAAGAUGGGCGUAAGCAUGACUUCUCCAGAAUUCAGACCACCAUCAUCAAACCAUAACCCGCAUCAUCCGGAAUAUCACGUACCGCAGUAUCUGCCUCAGAAGCACACAAGUACAGCAAUGUACAAUCCAGGGGUUGGACAACAACCCUGGCAAUACCCCGCAGCUGCUGGAAGUGCAUUUGUGUCGAGAAAAAUUGAGAUCGUCGGGCCAAAAUUAACGAUGGAAUCAAUGCCAAACGUCAUCUCAGACUGCGAAUCUUCUGGUGCAGGAUUGACAAUGGAAAAUUCAGCGGAUGAAAGCUGCCGGGAAAUAACCUCAAGGAACAAUCCUUAUUCAAACGUAGUUACUGAAAUACCAAUUCUAAGGAGACAUCCCAGAGACAUUUCAAGAUUUCAUGCGAAUCAUCCCGGAGGAGGAUUUUCAAAGCCAUUCAAUUUCCCUGCUUUCAUCAGCGAAAAGAUGAAAAUCGAUGACGAAAUCGACCCGGAAAAAGCCGAAGUCUCAUCCGGACACAAAAAGGAGUCUCAAGUUUUUUAUUUGCCGGAUGCGAAAUCGUCUCCGAAUCCAAGACAAACUACCAGACAAAGGCCUUCAAUGAGACAAAGAAGUUCCCCUGUGAAGCCCAGAACAGAUUUCAGUCACUUCUUCAAAGACUCCAAUGGACCAAAAUUCCCCGUCAAUUUCAACCACGGCUUCGGAAACUCCCUCGAACCUCUGAAACACUUCCCAGACUUUGAAAAACAAAGUAAACCAAAUAUGAAUAACCCCAUACACCAGGUGAAACAGCCAGCAUAUGCAUCAAGACCUCCAUCCUGGUUGACUCACCAGAAGCAGCCGAAACCUCAACUUCCUGCUGAAGCUCCUCCGAAACAAGAGAUAAUUUAUGUACCUUCCUCGCGUCCAAAAUCAAACCAGCCCUUUCCGAAUAAUAAUUACAAUCAUGCAGCACGGCCAAUAACAACAACAACAAGCAGGCCAAGAACAACAACGACAACAAGACGACGAAGACCGACAACGAGGAAACCCGCAACCACGACGGAAACAGCAACCACUUACAAACCGGAAGUUGUGGAAGAUAUACCUGUGAACAGCAAAGAACGUCCGGGUUGCGGGAAUUCAAGCAGGAGCUUGGAAGCCAUCACUUACUUGCCAGCUUUGACUGACCGAGAAUGGAUUGAGGAACUUUUUUGUGUGUUGGACUUAUUGAAUGCCCAGCAUGUCGUCUUGGUGAGCAACACUACUGCUAGCAGGACAGAUCCUGUCAUCAUCAUCAGCAGACGCAGACGCCGUAGUGCACCAACCUCAACCCAAGCCUCGCAAAACGAACCCCCGCCGGAAGACUUACCUUGGCUGACCUGUUUCCUGUGCGAAACGGAAGACGGGGAUUUCGCGGAAGACUGCGAAUAUGGCCGUGACGAGGAUGACGACGACUUCGGCACCGACGCCUCCUUCAUCACACCGUCCAGAGCCAACAGGACGACCGGAAGUGGCACUCAUCGGAAGCCGGAACAUGAAUACUACGACCCCCGGGAAUUCAACGACGACGACGUCAAGUUCGACGAUGCCGAUUUCGCCUUUGACGACGCUUAUGAGGCGAUAGCAAAAUCUACUCGACCUGAGGAACCUAAAUCAGAAGAGGAAGAAGAACCGGAAGUGACGACGGAAGCAGCACAGCAGAACACCGAACAACCGGAUGAAGCGAAAGAAGAGCCAGCGAACUCAGAAUCCCGUUACCAGACCGUCGUCGAAGCCCCCACUCAAAUCUUUGGUGUUGUUUCCGCGAGAAACCCUAAACCCGACGGAAACUUCCGGAAAAACUCCAGCGCAGAAGAAACUUUUCCGGAGGGUUCGGAAUCGAAAAGUUCCGACUUCGAAGCCGGAACAAAGCUGUCGCCGAUGCCAACCGUGUUUACGGAACAGGACCCUAUGAUUGAUCCCAAAGAAACCCCGGGGAAACAAGGACGAGUGAGGAUCAUGAAGCGAAAAUUGACUCCAAAGAACCUUCCAAAGACUGCUUCAACACUGCUGGAAACUCAACAAGAAAUCAAAUUACCAUCAGACGAUUCGCUUUGCUGGCAGCGAAUUGAAAUGCAGCUGAACUCGGGUCAUAUCCGGCGAAAAAGAACUCUCUGUUCCGACAAAAAACAAGUCCCCAAGGGAUCAGUCCCGCAAAAACUGCAGAAAAUGAGGGUUUCGGAACCUCCACUGAAACAGUUCUCGAGAUCAAGGAGAAAUAGCGGAGACGAAAACCUUCACGUGAAAAUAAAAUUCAGGAAGAACGACCCUCAAAGGGGGCUCCACGUGAAGACCUACGAAUACAAGAAAGGAAAAUCCGUCGUUCACUCCUCUUCUGAAUUUCCCAGGUCGAAUAGGAGGCAUCAGGUCAAGAAGGACGACGAUGACUCCGAUUCACGACGAGAAGAACCCAGCAGCAUCAGAAGGAAUCCUCACAGAGGUCCUUUGACGUCUUUUAUUCCCGCCGGCUACAUAAAACGAAGUGACGCGUCGCCUACUACUCUCCAUCAUGGGAAUGCAUCAACCCGGGAAAGAGUUCCAGAAAUUCCAGCAGAAGAACCUUCAAAGGAGGGUCCUGAAGAGGAUGAAGAAGACGAAUUCCAGGGAGAAGUGUGGGACAUGGUACAGGAAUUCAAGCGUCAAGAAAAGGCCAAGGCGAAAGCCGCGAAGCAGAAAUCCGCCGAGCGGGCUCAACUGCUGCAACAGGCGCAGGAGAUGGAGGAAAUCCGGUCGGAAAUCCGGCGUCAGCUGGAGCUGAAGGAGCAGCGCCAGCGGGCCAAGGAAGACGCCCUCAGGCGGGAAAUCGAGAAGGAAUUCAUGCGACAGCGCGGAGUCGACAAACUCGUCACCGACAGCCACUCCUCGUCAUCCUCUGAGCCCAGAAGCAGCAGCACCAGCACUGAGCUGAGCCAGAACGUGCACAGCAAUCAUGAGUCCCAUUCUGACCUGGACAGACAGAAGCUGCGGCUCAUCCUGGAAAAAUUCCCCGAAUAUGUGCACGCUCUUAUCCUCAUUCUGCAAGCCGUCGGGAAAACUGCGCAAUUCUCUCAGGAACUCGGCAAAAUCAACCCCGAGACUUGGGAUGAACGUCUGCUUCCGAUAAUCCAGCAAGCCUCACAAACAAAACCCACGCUUCAACAAAGUCAUUUGCGUAACAGGGAUUCGGAAGUGCGACAAGCCGAUUUCCAAAGCAAAUCUGAGCUCCCCCGGAUGCAAAGAUUGGAAAUCAUUCAGCCCAAAAAAGAAGAAGAAGAAGAAGAACAAAUGUACGGAAUUCUCAAAGCCGUCCAA